CAACGCCUCGCUUUUACUAAAUCAUUCUGACACCUUACUCGAUUUAUAUUGCAGCAAUUGACAGAAGCUCUUGCUUCCCAGUCGCAAAGCUCAACCAAUGUCUCCAACGUUAGACCGUCGUCCACCAAGAGUGAAGAGGAAAGGUCAAACACAUCUUACACCACGUCGGAAAACGCACAACUUUGGGCAAGCAUGGCAUCGCAACAACCAGCCUUUGCUGUACAUCACCAACAAUCAAACGCUCAUAGCAACGAUCAACAAUCAGCAGCCGAUCGACAGCAGAAUGCCGCAAGUCAUCGAGAAUCAUCUAACAAGCUCAUCGUAGGAUCGGAGGAGUGGCACCGCCAGCGUCGCGAAAAUCACAAGCAAGUCGAAAGACGUAGACGCGAAACUAUUAACGAUGGCAUUAACGAAAUUGCAAAAAUGGUUCCUGGUAGCGAAAAGAAUAAAGGUUCCAUAUUACAGCGCGCGGCUCAGUACAUCCAACAGCUGAAAGACAAUGAAGCAGCUACCAUCGAAAAAUGGACUCUCGAAAAGCUUUUGACAGAUCAAGCCAUUAAUGAACUGAGUCAGCAAGUUGAGGUUCUCAAGAAUGAGGUCGAAAGACUGCGCCAGGAUAAUGAACGUAUGAAGCGUCAACUUGGUGAAGAUAACGACGAACACACGAAGAAAAAGGCCAAAACCGACCAUUCUGACAAGGACGAGCACAAGUCCCAGAAGGACUAGUCGUUUUGCUUCCCAAUAUGAUAUAUUCACAUAUCGUUGAUAAAAGCAAAAUGCUGUCCACAUACUCAAUGCAAGCAUCUUCACUCCAAGUUACCAUGUCUACCCUUAACCAAUUUUUCACUUUAUCAUAAUGAUAACCUAGCGACAGUUUUAUGUCUUUGCUUGUCUGAAAGCCUUUUCCACAAUUUUAAGUUUCUAUCUGAUUUCAGUUUUUGUCUCAAUAUUUCUCCAUAUCCUUCGAAUAUAAAAUAAUUCUCAAUUCUAAUUAAGCGCAUAACA